UUCACCUUUGGGCUCAACGCCGAGAACUCCUCACUCUCUCUCUCUCUCUCUCUCGCUCGCCGGCAAUUGAGCAUCAUGGCAAUCCCUGCUGCUUCUGCGGCGGCGAAGGCGAAGGCGACGAGCUCGUCGUCAAUGACUUCGACGAUCAGAGCCUACUCUCUGCCUCUGAUUCUCUUCAUCGUCGCCAUGUAUUUCCAGCUCUCUGUUAUUCCCAAAUCCUUCCCUCCUUCUCACUACGCCGUUCUUGGUCUGAGGAGUCAGAGCUCCAUUGAAGAAGUGAAAGAGGCCUAUGACAACGUUUCUUCGACGUGGAAUUCAGAAGCGCAAGCUCCGGAUUCUCUCGAAUUUAUAAAGAUUCGAUAUGCUUAUGAGUUGCUCACAAAUCCAUCAUGGAAAAGAAACUAUGACAUUUUUGGCUUUGAGGAGCAAAUAGAUGUAAUUGAGAAGCUCAAAAAGCAAUAUGCUGGAGAAAGCUUUUCACGGAUAGACCUUCCUUUACUAGAGUCUGCUGCUUCUGAUUCUGAAGAUCAUAACCUUCCAGUCAUUACCUCUAAGGAUUUCCAGACCAUGUUUCAGGACAACAAGCCUUGGCUAAUUCAGUUGUGCUCAUUUGGGAGCAAAAGCUGUGAUCAAUUUUCUCAUGCCUGGAAGAGAAUUGCUGGUUUCUUGGAUGGUGUGGCAAAAGCUGCUCAGGUAGAUCUUGAAGAUAUUCAGCUAGCAACAUAUCUUGCUGAUAAAAAACCAACCGGACAACCUUUCUUCAGGAAUAGCCUUCCUUCUUUUGUCGCUUUUCCCCAGGGAUGUAAAAGUGCCAAGUGCGUUAUUAGGUAUGAAGGAGACCCCUCAAUUGAUUCAGUUACAGAUUGGUUUGCAACAACCAUACUCGGUUUACCUCGUAUUCUUUACUACUCAAAGGAGUCACUGGGGGAGAAGUUUCUAGCAAAAGUUAGUCUUCAUAAGGUAAAAGUCAUUUUCUUCUCAAAAACAGGGGAGCGUGCAGCUCCAAUUGUACGCCAAGCUGCUAAAAGUUAUUGGGCUCAUGCUUCUUUUGCAUUUGUGCUGUGGCGAGAAGAGGAAUCUUCCUUUUGGUUCAAUUCGUUUGAAGUUGAAUCUGCACCUGCUAUAGUGUUUCUGAAAGAUCCUGGUGUUAAACCUGUUGUGUACCAUGGGUCUUUCAGCAAUUCACGUCUCUUAGAUAUCAUCGAACAGAAUAAAGAGCAAGAGCUUCCUCAGUUGAGGAGUACAACAUCUAUGCAAUUGGGUUGCGAUGCCCAAGGGUAUUCUCGUGCUGGAUACGAUACCGUUACUUGGUACUGUGCUGUUGUAGCAGGAAGGCAUAGCCCACAACUCAGUCAAAUGCGCAGAACCUUGCGCAGGGUUCAAGAAACUUUAUCGAAUGAAGUUAAGUCGAUACCGGCUGAUGAAGAACAAACAGCACCAGCAGCACGUGCACUUCAAAGUAAACGACUGACAUUUGCUUGGCUUGAUGGGGAAGCCCAAAAGAAAUAUUGUCUCUUCUUCCUCCAAUCUGAAACCAGCUAUGAAACUUGUGGAUCAAGGACAGAUAUGACCGAUGUACCUAAGUUAUUUAUUAUACGCUACAAAAGGAAUGUAUCAGAAGAGAGUGAGAAGCCAGAGGGAAAGCCUAAAAGCAUAUGGGAUUCACUUCAGGACCAGGAAUUAGAUCCUGCAGCACAGCUUGUGGCAAAGUACAAUGGUUCAGAUGAAAUUCCAGAGAUUACCAAAUGGAUCUCCCAAAUAAUCAAGGAUGGUGACGCCAGAGACCUUCCUCACUAUAGAACAAGAACUCCUCAACUGGUUCCUGAUGAUUCGGAACCAAUAUGGUCCAGCAGUAUUCAACGUAUUCCUUCAACAAAGACGAUAAAGCAGAGCAUCAUUGGCAUUUUACGUGGAGUAUAUGAUCGUAUGGAAGAUCCAAGAAUUGGUCCGAUCUUGCUUCUGGCAGCACUAAUGUCUUUCGGUAACAUCUGGCUUCGAAGGAGUCAAGCAACUCCAUUGUCAAAUCAACCAAAUUCCAAGAAUAGAAGUAGUCGAAGGAGGAGAGACCGCAGUGGAGCAGCAUCUACUCAAGACCUACCUCCUUCUAUUACUGAUAUGGAACCCAGAGAUUCUUAUGAAAUGCCACUAUCAGGUUCCGACUCCGAUCAGUAGAGAUGCUGCUAGAUUUUUAAAGAAAAAAAAUAGUGCUCACUAAUCCCAUAUGAUGCCGGAAAGUCUUCAGAUGCUGACAGAGAUCACUGCCAAUUAUUUCUGUCAAGGCAUGAACAAGCCCCAGAUAUCCUCAAACUAAAGAUGACAGCUUCCGGUCAAGUAUCUUCUUUAAUUUUGACAGAACAGUUUACUAGGUAUUUACUUUAGAGAAGAUUUUUGAUUCUG